AUCUUCUUCCACUCUCAAUACCUGUAGGAUAGAGCUCCAGCCGCAAGGUACACCUCGACACAAACCUUCGAAAUUUCAAAGCUCACAGGUCAAAACGUCUCCGCACAGGGCUCAGUGAACGAUUUUUAGCGGGAUUACCAAGAGAAGCCUCUAACAACAGGCCAGUGGGUACUUCAAUUCGUUCCAAGCGAAUUCCACUGUAGCCGACGGACCGCGAAUGUUUAUCUGAUAGCCGUUCACUUUCCACCCACGUUUUAAGCAGACGACGAAGAGUCAACAACAGAUACAGAGAAUACACAGGACCAAACCGCUGAAAAGUCAGCUGCUGGACCUGAAAAGCAUAUUGAUAUACCGGCCGUUGGAUACCCAAGAAUAAUUACUAGUUUAACAGAUAGUCUAUGUCUUGAAAAAAUGUAGGUUUCAGACUAGCGAAACGAUAAACCUGUACGUUAAUAUGCUGCAGCGAUUAAUCAUGGAGGACGUGAGGCUGUUCGUAGAAAAGUUUGGCUAGAAUUCAGCAGUUUUUUUGUAAUAAACCACUUCUACGUGGUGUUGAUCGCUUGGCUAUUGUGGUUGGUAAUAUGUUGACUAGCUAGAGAAAAAACAUAGAAAGAAAACAUUCUGCAGUGAUUGUUUUUACUGGACUCUGUUGGUUCAUUCUUUGAGUAAAUAAUUAUUUUUUGCGAUGGAGCCUUCUAAAGUGCAGAAAACUGUAAAAUUUGCCGGACGCGGUUCAAAGUCCACGUUCCCUGAUGGAACCAGGGUUCGGUUUCAUUUCAUUACGAAUCGCACCGAUGUCAAUAGCGAAGACGAAAACUUCUGUAUCGAAGACUCGAAGGCAACCGGUAAACCUAUGGAACUCAUCUUUGGGAAGGAAUUUAAACUUCCGGUUUGGGAAGAGUGCUUGAAGACGAUGCUGUGCGGCGAGGUGGCAGAAUUCGUGGUCGAUAAAAAACUUUGUGCAAAUUACUUUCUUGUGUCGAAGGGCUACAGACAGUAUGCAGGUAUUUCGAAGGAGCUAUCUUCACACCACUGUUGCGGAACGAUGCUCAAAGAAAAGACCGGGUGCCCUAAACUUGAUUCUCUUCUAGAGAAACCAUGUGACCUAAAAUUUACGUUCGAGAUACUUUCUAUUGAAGAGGCUGGUUCCUAUGAAAAAGAAGGAUGGAGUAUGACACCUGAGGAAAGACUAAACAAUGUCCCUCGCCUUAAAGAAGAGGGUAACAAGCUUUUUAGGCAGGGUGACAUUGCAGGCGCGUCUUCAAAGUAUUUCGCUGCGAUUAGCCAUCUGGAAACGUUGCUUUUGCGUGAAAAGCCUGGAGGAGAAGAGUAUCGAGCAAUCGAGAACCUAAAAUGGCCAAUUCUUCUCAACUACGCCCAAUGCAAACUUUCGCAGGGAGAGUUCUACGAGGUUAUUAGACACUGCACCGAUGUUUUGGUCAAGGAUCCAAACAACUCGAAAGCUCUCUACCGAAGGGCGAAAGCUCAUGUAGGUGCGUGGAACCCGCAAGAAGCUCGAAAAGAUUUCUCAAGAUUACUGCAAGUAGAACCAUCGCAGAAGACAACGGUAGAGAAUGCUCUAAAAGAGAUUGACAAGCAAGAACAUAUAAAGAACAAACAAGAUAAAGAACUCUUGAAAAACAUGUUUGCCAAAUGAAUUGCAAUAGGUGGCAAUUGCUAUCAUACCAAUAAGUGAUGUAAUAUACAUAGUAUCUAUGUUAUAGUAUGUAAGUAGUACUGGAAGAUGAAGUUACACCAUCUGGUAUGUAGGUUAAGAGGUAAGUGCCCUGUUUAAUAAUAACACACUUUUUUUAGUAUAAGAAAUUGCAGCAGUUUAACUGUAGCCAACCACGCACCAUCAUCAGAACUAAAUCUAUUAUAUUGCUCGUUCUCUUAUUCUGCAGUGACACUUAAACAUACCUAUAACGUAUUUUUAUAACGAGAAAAAAAUGGUUGGUUACUUCAAGAACACAUAUCUUGGGUAAUAAUUGCACCUUUUAUCAUAUUUAUACUUCUAAUGCUGUAUAGUUUUGGUUAUCUAACUGAAGCUAUUCAAGCUGUUAACUUACGCUUACUAGAGAAAAGUGUCAUACACUUUUAGAUUCUCAUAGGUAAAUACUGUUCUAAAAUAGCUUCGUUCCAGUUGAAAUAGAAAAUUGUGUUCAGGUCGUAGUGUUUCACGCCAGCUUUCUUCCGGUAAAAUCGUUUUAAUGAUGAAAAAAUAUACCAUAGAUAACUGAGUAAAGAAUAGCAGCUUGACCCAAAUGCUUCUCCAAAAUUAUUUGCGUCCGCAUGAUUUUUUUUUCACUCAGCGUCCUGCGUAUAUGCUUUAAGACAAUAUAGUGUGUUUUUCAACUUCUAACGGAUCGAUAAAUUUCCUCAUAGACUGCUAUCGGGUGGUUCAGCUCAAGCUAAAUAUGUAACGAUAUUGCAGCUGUAAAUAUCAGAUACGCAGCACGCAUAGUCGGACAUGUCUGAAUAUAAGCAUAAGAAAAGGUGAGGUUUAUUAAAAACUGGACUUGAAUUUUAGGGAAACCUUUUUUGCGUUGUAGUUUGUACUAUUAGGACAUUCGAUAAGAUUAUGUCUCAUACUUAUCCUCCUAUAUUCAAAUAACUACGUUUAUUAUGUAAGUCGUAAGUUGUCCUUCAUUUAAGUAGGUUAAUAUGAUGAUCUUUGAAAACCUAUGUCAUUAGAAUUAUGUUAGAAGGCUGAAUUCGACUCCCAUGAGACAGCUGACGUGAAAAUUCUAACAUGUUACACCUUAAUCAGUUUCUUUUCGGCGCAACAUCGCAUUAUUUGUAUAUGUCGUGAUAAACGUAUCACAUUCAAGGUAAAUUCCUAUAUCUAUUAAGUUGUAAUUGGUUAGGGGGUUUUGCUGUGCUUAUAAAAAGAGGUGGGUGACAUCUGAACGGAAGAACGUCGUGAAAUAUGACUUAUGCUGAGUCUGUUGGUAUUACUGUUUGUUCUUUAGUGGUCAAUCACAAAAAUGGCUUUAAGAGAGUAACAAUACAUAGUGGUUUUUCACGAUUACAGAGUGCUAUCCAAAGUAAAUUAUAUUGCCACGGAAAUGUCUGAUAAAAUAUUACGCAAAUAAACACAAAUCUAUAGAGAUUUUGAUGUAUUCAACGUCCAAGUAAUUGAGUGUUAUCUGUUAACAUGUGGUGCAAGGGAGCAUAUGUUUGGAUCGCUUGGAAUGCGUUUCAUUCAUUCUAUUAGCGCCGCAGCACCUUCGAAAAACCGGCUGAAAACGGCAUCUGCUUAUACGUCUAAUUGUAAAAAAAUCUGUUUCAAUGAGACGUUUAUUAUUUAUUAUAAACUUAUUUUGUCUUAGCUAUUUUAGCCAAUACAAAAAAAUAUCAAUUUCUUUCUUUGUGUUCACUUGUUGCUCGUAGUAAAAAACAUUUAGACAAGCAUUCGGUUCUCUAAAAAACAUAAACUAAUAAAACACUCUAAAAGAGUGAAAUUAUAUUAACAAGCGCUUUCGUUGGAAGCAAAUCAGUUUGUAAUUACUGGGCGCAUAAUAUUUAUAUUCGCUAUAACGUAUGUCUAAACUAUGUUCCAAUUAAACGUUUUAUUACAUAAUGGUUAUGUCAAAUAAGAACUGUGUGCUUUAGGA